CUGUACUGUGAAGCUCAGAUUUUGACAGUAAGACCCAGGCCUCCCAUACUAACACCUGACCUUGACAUCACAUGGAUUGGUCCACCUGACUCUAAUUUCCCUUUAGAACGUUCUCCUGAACUGAUAACCCUGGAGGUUCAUUUAUCAUGCACAAAUAUGUAACAUAUGAUCAUUUUUCCACAAUUAACAAGCAUAAUGUUUUAUUCUCAUUUGCUUAAUUUGGUUCUCUUUAUCUAGUGUUAGGACUUUUGUGAAAAUCUGAUCUCAUUUAGGGAAGUCAUAUUUAUGCAAAAAUAGAGAAAAUUCUAAAGGUUUCACAAACUUUCAAACACCACUGUAUGGUGAAAUGGGACCUGCAUUUGUUCCAAAAUAAGAUGUAAAAUUUAAUUUGAAAACGUGCCCGGGAAAUAGUUGUUUUCUGUCUUGUUGACAAUCCGUUGACGCAGCUGAAUGAUGCUUGCCAUCGCUCUACCUGAAUGAGCCACUUUUGUUGCAUCCAACUGUGCACCGUAUAGGAGCGUACCACGAGUGAGACGGGACAUUAUUCAUUAGCGGUUGAAACGAUCUUAAUUACAAGUUAACCGUGAAAGCUGGACAAAAGAUACAAGGGACCCCACGACAAUCAUCUGCUGCCUACAGAUGAGAAAAGGGGAAGAGGGGUAGGGGUCGCCGCAUCCGUUGCCUGGGUGAAUUAAUUAACACGCUAGCGUCCUGCUAGCUGGGAGCAUUUCUCGGUCUCUAAUGUAACGAGGUUUCACUAACACCGAAAAUCACGAAUGUCAUCUGUCGUUUCUGGUGGACAGCGCUCGAGGUGAAUCUUCAUUAACUACUAGCAACGGUUACGGGGCGAUAUAUUACGUCUGGAGAAGAAGGCGUACCUUAAGUGUGUAAGAAUGGUUUCAUGUAGGCUAAGGCUACGGAGCUAACGGGAGCUAGCAUAAUAGCUUCACAGAAAUAAAGUAGGAGGCUAUGCGGCUGCUGCAGAGUGUAGCAGUAGUUAAACACCCUGCUAGCUAACCUGGGUUGUGUGUUUGCUCAUGAAGUCUGAUGGUGUCUCAGACAGGUUAAUACGAUGAUAAUAUUGCAUUCGAUUGUCAGUUAGAAGGCCGACGUGACAAUGGAGUCUUUCCUGCAGAUAGCUCCCCAUUCCCUGGCUAUAGUGUUGUCCAGGGUCGUUGCCGGGGAGGCAGUGGGGGUGGUUGGGGUGUCAGAGAGUGACGAGCUGCCGAGACACCACACCGGCUAUGAAAUUUUUGCCGAUUUCAAAGCAGAAAAUACCCAACAGCAUGUGUGGAACCAACGGAUUACCGAGGCUGUGUCCGAGACAUUCUUCCUGGGAUGGAUAGACGAGCAUGUGCUGUUGAUACAGGGGAAGGAGGACCAUUUGGAGGUGCUGAGAGAGGGAUGGAUGCGGAGGUCUCUCAAUCCGCCACGGGGAUUCACCAUCAAAUACCUGGGUGAUGUGUCGCCUAUCAGUAUGUCCCCCAUCAGCCAGUCGCAGUUCAUCCCUUUGGGAGAAGUAUUGCUUUUGGCUAUUUCUGCUAUGAACUCUGCCCAUAAACCUGUCACUCAGGAGGCCCUAACUGAACACCUGCAGACAUGUUUUCCAGAGCCUUCACUCACUCCACCUAUACUGUCAGCGAAGUCAUGUGUGUUGUGUUGGUGGUAUUUAAAAAAUCAGCGCAAAUGUAGCUGUUGGAAGAAGAGAAGCAGCAGCGUUUGGUCAGCAGAAAAAGGUGUUCCCACACCAACGGAGGAGGUUCUACAUCAUACAUUAAGCAUGUUGGUCCAUGAGAGGAAGAUCUACCCAACAUCCGAUGGAUAUUUUAUUGUAACUCCUCAGACUUACUUUAUCACUCCGAGCCUAAUCCGAACCAGCUCUAAGUGGUACCACUUAGAUGAGCGAUCCACUGACCGACAUCAACAGCAGCAACAUCAGAAUCAACAACAGCAUCAGGAGACACAGUGCACCUCUCCUCUCUCUGGCACAGUCACCCCAUCCACCUCUGGAGUCGUGCGAGAUCGAUCACACCCAAAAUCUAGCCAAAACCAUAGUGGGGGUGGUGGAGGAGGUGGGGAUUCUUUUUACAACAGUUACCGUGGAGAAGACCCACCUAGCCAUCAUACCACCCUGCAGCGCCGAUCCCCCAAAGACCAACGAGAAGCGUACUCCUCCCCACACUCCCCACAAACACCUCCUCAGCAAGCAGGAGGCAACACAGAAAAAAGUCGCAGUACUCUUGGGUUCCCCUUCAAGACGGACACACUCACUAAGCACCGAGGGGGGGGAGGUGGGUUAGGAGGAGGAACUGGAGAGAUAGACAAACAAGCAGCUGGAGGAAUUGGUACAGGAAGUCGGAAAUUUGGUUUGAAGCUGUUUCGUCUGAGCUUUAAAAAGGACAAAACCAAACAGCUGGCCACCUUCUCUGCACAGUUCCCUCCCGAGGAGUGGCCACUCCGUGAUGAGGAAGCACCCAGCCAGCUGCCGCGGCAUGUAGAGAUGGAGAUCAUCCGCAGAAUCAACCCUGACCUCACUGUGGAAAACCUCGCCCGACACACUGCAGUCAUGAAGCGCCUUGAAGAAGAGCGUGCCCAGAGGAGCAAAGCAUCUUCAGCCAAUCAAAGUUCCAGAAGUAGGAGAAGUGGGGGUAGACACAGGAAGCAGUCUCAGACUAAACUCAGCCGCUCACACAGCAAGACACGGACAUCCCGUGGUGAGCCAAGUGAUGGCUUCCACCUGGAGCUGGUCGACAGGGACUACAGAGCCUAUUCAUCCUCACUGGCUCGGUCACCACGGGAACAUGCUCUGGCCAUGGAGCGGCAACGGGCUCGGCUUCACCUGGCACACAGCAACCCUAACAUUCUUGACUCCUCCCACCUGCCUAUCACACCAGAGUGGGAUGUGUCUGGAGAGCUUGCCAAGCGACGCACAGAAAUGCCUUUCCCUGAACCAAGCCAUGCCCCAUCAGCACACCACUCCAAAGUCCACCGCUCUCACUCCCACACCCAGGAGAGGAAGUCCAGGAAUGAACGCAGCGACAAGGCCAAGGAACGUUCCAGAUCCAUGGACAAUUCCAAAGGACCACUUGGAGCUGGGCUGAUUGGACCGCCUGAUUAUUAUGAUGACCGCAGCCGUUACUAUACUGAUGAUGGCACCCUGCGAGCCAAUCAGACCUCAUCUCACUACUCUCACACCACUCCACCCUCAGCUAAGCUUUCUGUGGAUUCUCUGGGGUUGGACGGUUGCAGGAGCUUAGAAAUGAGUAAGAGCAAGGAUGGCCUGCCAGCAUACUCACCCAAACCACUACCCACCUCUGUCCCUGCUGAUGAUUACUUCCAAUGUGCAGGUUCCUCUGAGGCUGUCCUCACUGCAGCAAACCCACUGGGAACACAGGGCAAAAGUAGCCAUGAUGGAUUAAAACUAGGUAGCACUGACAGGCAAACAGACAGACAGACACCCCAUCCCCUAGAAAAUGAGGACUUGUCAAAGGUGGGGCCUAAGUGUGGCAGCCUGCCACCAAUACCUCUCUCUAUCCCAGACUUCCCCCUUCCAAAUGGACGACCUCCACACAGUGCCUCCUUUGCUCAAGAAAAUCGUAAGGAGAUCUUUAGUAAAGACACACUGUUUAAACCUCCUCCUAGCCUUCCUUUAUCUGGCUACAGCUCCCUAAGAAAACCCCCAGCCCUCACUUCCUCUACUCUGUCUUCAUCUUGUGAUGCACUGGAUUCCCAGGAAGCCUUUGAUGUUCCAAAACCUCUGUUGGCCACACCACCCGCUCCAUCACAGGGUAUUGAACCUAUUACCAGUGCUGCAGAAGCCUCCUUUGACUACUACAAUGUCUCUGACGAUGAUGAACUUGAGGAGGGGGGGACUAAAAGCCGAGCAGAGGAUGAAAAGGCUGGAAGAGGAGUUGUGGGCGUGGUAGGUGGUGGAGCAGGGACCAUGCAAUGGCUGUUGGAGAGAGAGAAGGAGCGAGAUCUACAGAGGAGGUUUGAAAGAACCCUCACCUUCCCUGGGGCUAAAGAGAACAUUCCAGAGCCAGGUCAGAACCAGCAGUCAGCCCACUCCGCCAGACUUGACAGUAUGGACUCCAGCUCCAUCACUGUUGAUAGUGGAUUCAACUCACCACGAACGAGGGAGAGCCUAGCAUCGAACACCUCAUCCAUAGUGGAGAGUAACCGUCGGCAGAACCUGGCAUUGAGCCCCGGCCAUCUGGGCAUCACUACCGGUAACGGCCCCCCCUUCUCCUUCCGUACCAUCCCAGAACCUGCCAGCACCCAACCAGAGAAACUCCAGAAGCCCAGCACUUGCCUUGCGUCAAUCACCAGCGUCUAGGAGUGGAAUUAGGACUGGUUGGACCUACAGAACCACUGGGCAGGCGACUGGAAAAUAAACCUUCCUCCCCCAAGGACUGUUACACCUGACUGUCUAAAACAGUGGACCACAGGUCCUCUGUGGAACUAUAGCUGGUAACAGAAAUAUACACACAGUGACCGAUGGAUCCAAACAGGAGUUUAGACCACCAGGAAACUGCUCUUUCUUUCUCUUUCUCUUACACAUGCACACAUACACACACACACACACACACACACACACAUACAAACAUAGGCAUACCAGGGCACUUGGCAGACCAUGAUCACACACUGCUUUUAUGUUGUUUGACUAACCUAGGUCAUACUGUGUGUGUGUGUGUGUGUGUGUGUGUGUUGGGGGGGGGUAUAAUCCGUAAUUUCCGUUCAUGUUAUUUCCAAUCCCAUUCCAACUGAUGGAUCUCCCUCUAGUGGUGUUUACUGGUAUUACACACUGAAUAGAUAAAGCUCUGCUGGUUACUAUUACUGAUGUACACACACUAUUAGUGAUCUGGCUCAUUCUUACUGAUUACCUUAGCUCCUCCCUAAAAUUCACCAUUGGCGAGCACCAAUGUACAGUACAGUACAGUGCCACAGGAAAUGGCAAACGAUACUCUGGCAAAUGGCAAAAGCAAAUCCCACAUGAAAGUGAAGUGGUUAGUCAAAUGAGUAACCUAACACCAAGACCAAUUUUGCUAUAAUACCCUUGUCGCAUGAAGCUGAGCAGUUCUUACAGCUGUUGGAUGAUGCCUGUGUAAUCUGCCUGAACAGUGUUUCCAGUUUUUAACCAGAUUUUAGAUAUCCUCUCCAAAUGUUGUCAGAUACAUGGGCAGCCUCAGGUUUAAUUCAGAGGAUGAGACUAUUUAAACUUUCAUGAAGACAGAUCUUCUUCCACUAUUUUUUUUUUAUCUUUUUAUGUUACUCCUCAUUGCCGUUGGCAUGCAGCUACUUCAUAUUACGGCUCCCCAGAGUAUGGCAAUCAGCACCAGAUGGCAAUGCCACACCAAGACCUCAAUAUACACAGAAAAUGAGAAAAUCUUUUUUUAUGAGGAGUGGAUGGAGAGAGAAGCAGAAAAGCAGUGAACCUUAACAACAAAGAAAAAGCACCUUUCCUUUAAACAUUUCAAGCAAAAUAAACAAGAACUACUUAAUCAAACAUCAGUAAACAUUUGAAACUCUGACUACUACAGUCACACAGCUGUAAGCAGUGGCAAGGGGUUACAUUUAAAUCUGAGCUUCUUAGCUAAGCUUUUAAAAAGUUAGUUAGUGACUUCUAAGAGUUGAAAGAUUUUAAGCAGCAAAAUCACCAUACUUGAAUUUUAAAUUAGAUGUAUACAUUUUGGCAUCAGAGAAAGUAGAUUCCGCUGUAUGUUAAAAGCCUGGGUUUAUGUGUUCCCAUUCACAACAGCUGAACUAGCACUAGUGGCUGAAUGUCCAACAAAGGGUAUGCGAUGCAAUCCGGUAAAACCUCAUGUAGAGCAGUAUUUCACACAAAUAGGGCUGUGACUUAAUUUUUGGAUUUUCAUAGUUCCUUAUUUAUACACAACUUUACCAUUCAUUUGCAUUUCUACAAGUUAAUGUCUACUUGACUUUUUUUUCCAAAAAAAGAAAAAAAAACCCUGAGCUAUUCUGACUCCUGGUAGGGAGUCAUCAAAAAGAGGGAUAAUAUUUUUGAAUAUAGUUAAAUCUCUGCUUACACAUGGAUUGUUAGGGUCACCUGCAUAGUUUGCAUAGUUGCAUAUUAGUCCCUUCUGUAUGGGUGAGCAGGGAUUACACAAAACCUCAAUUUUAAAUGUUUUGGUCUCAUUAUUUAACCAGAAUCUGGGCUAAGCUGAAUUUCUCAAAAACAAACAAACAAACAAAACUCCCGCAGGCCUAGUUCAGUCAUCGCUCAUCCUCCUAUAGGCUCAGGGAGCUGUCAGUCAACCCGAUGUUGCCGUCUUAUAGGUUCCUUUACAACUACCUCCAUAGCAACAAAAACACAGCUCGUCCUUUCUACAAUCACACUGUCAUAAGCAUCUAGCCUUUGAAUGUCUAUACACACACAUAUGCAUAUACACAUAUAUACAAUAACUCACUACACAUCAAAGUGCUGGACUCCCUGUUGUUUUACUUUCUUCAUCAAUGAGGUUUCUUCUGCAUGAUAUAUGAUAGCAUUGUGGUUAAAUGGCACACUUGCCAGUGUCCUCAAUGUGUCCUCAAUUUCCACUGGAAAGCAGCCUCCUGGCUACAUCAGUUUUGACAUCAGAAAUGUUUACUGCGCCACAAUCUGACAAGUACUUAUUUGAAGUUUACUGACCCUCAGUAAAGCAUAGUGUAACUGCCUUUGGUUAAAGAACAGUAUAUCUCAGAAGACUUGUUGCUUUCACCUUGAGAAUCUUGCAUGGUAGGAUCUGAUGGUUUAUUUAAACUGUCAUUUCUAUCCAUAAAAUUUUCUCAGUGUGGGGUGUUCAGUUCCCUCUUCUCUGAAGUCAUUGUUGCAGCUCACUAUACUGUUCAUCUGGCCAACUAUACAGGCACCAUAACUGACUACUAAGAGUCACUAAUGUAGUUACAAGGAUGGAAGGAUGUGAACCCUCAGUGGCUUCCUGGGACACACAGUCAGACUAGGGGUAAUACUGUAGUCCCUGAACUAUUAGAUCUCAUUCUGUCCCAGCAUUUAGUUCUACUCAUCAUCCUGCCACUGUGCAAGUAUCUAACAAUAUGUAUUACCACUUUAGUAAAAGGUUCAGUAUCAUUCAAACUGCAAAUACUAGGGCUUUAACCUUUUCCCCCUACCCCAGAGUGUUGAUUUAUAUGCUAUUGAUUUUUCUGUUUAUCAAAUGUGGUCCCUGUUCUAAUCUCUCUGCUAUCACUAAAAGAGAUUUACAGUAUUUUCCAAUGCUGUUCUUGGCUUUUACUUUCUGUAGAGGUGCAAAGGACAAACAUCAGUCAGUGUUAACACUAUCUCAGUUUAGACUGACAUCUAGGAUUAUUUUUGUAUUUGGCAUUUUGAUACUACAUAAACAGGUCUCCUAACUGUAUUUAGGACAAAAUCAUAUCUUAUUUAAGGAUAGGAAUUACGCUAUUAUAGAAUUGUUCUAACUGAAGAAUUUCUAAAGUUAAGAAUCCUAAGUUAGGUUAGCAUAGACCUGAUCUUAAAUUCAAAAUACAUGGCAAAAAUGGCAAUAGCACUGUUGUUAUGUAUUUAUGGAAUUGGCUAGAUUAAGAUGGGUAACAACACAAACACUGAAAUAUUAUGGCUUAAAGAUUGCUGAAAUGAUAACUGUUGGAGAACGUAGCACUAUUGUUAGCCUAUUGGAGAAACUGACAGCAAUUUUAGUCUAAUGGAGAAGCUAAUAAAAAUGUAUUAAUAUGCAUAUAUCCUCUCCAACACUGACACGAUUAAUGCUGCAGCCUCAUCGAGGCUAGAAACGAAUCCUGUCUUUUUUUGUCGAUUACAGCAAGCUAACUAGCCAGUGACAGGGGAGGUAGGACAGCCAUGAAGUUAGGUUGUCCUGUGUCCUGAACAUAGGAUUUUUCCUGUCUUUAAAACUUAAGAUAAGACAAGCAGUUUGAAAUUUUUUUUGUAAUGAAACCCUUAAUCUCGGAUUUCUUUUUCUGUUAUAAAAUUAUAUCCAGUAGUCUACAUUGUCAGUUGUUAUACUAUUAAAAUUUGUACUUUUACAUAUAAAGGAACAUUCAAGCCCGUGCAAAAUGAGUUUACACACUGCUGAUUAAGCCUGUAAUUGACAAGUAAAACUCUGUAUUUCAUACUUUGCAGUUUUAAUAUCUGGUGUGUGCAGUGACAUUCCUACGCUUGUGCUGAUGCGGUUUACAUCAAUAAAUGUUUUGCCAAAGCUGAAGGGAGAGCAAUGCAUUCUAGAAAAAGAAGAAGAAGAAGAAUCAGCUUUAUUGGCAGUAUAUAUAUAUAUUCAGUGUGUGUGUGUGUGUAAUUACAUACACACACUGAAUUUCUCCUCUGCAUUUAACCCAUCCUUAAUUGAACACACAUGCAACACCCAGCAAAUUACUUGCAGUGAAACACAGGAGCAGUGGGCUUCCACUGUCAGGCGCCCGGGGAGUAAAUUGGGGGUUAUGUACCUUACUCAAGGGCACAUCAGCCGGCUUAUGGGGGGGGGCUGCAUUCUCUCAUUAAUCACUCCACCACACUCAAAUUUUUCCUGCCCAUCCAGUGGGGGAAUCGAAUAGCGACCCUCCGAUCACAAGCUGCUUCUCCUACCUCUACGCCACAGCUGCCCCCCAAUCUACAAAGAACCCCAGUCCCACCCCCACCCACACUCUGACCCCGACUUUUUUUUUUUCAAACUCUAGCCAUUUAACCAGCUAUUUAAGCCAACCCCUAACCUAGCAACUAGCCAGUCAGAGGUGAAUUAGGUCAUGUCUUCAUGGAAUGGGCCAGUGAAAAAAAAACAGACAUACAGUACAAAUAUGCUGAUGUAUGUAAACAUAGCAAUGGAGAAGAUUAGUGUGGUGCCUUUGGCAAAAUAUGCAUGUCAGCUGUGUAAUUAAUCUUACCAGAAAGGGGAGAAAAAGGUUCAGCACUGCAGGUUUCAGGGUUUCAGUCCUUCCUCUGUAAAUAAUCUAGGGAUAUUCUUUACAUCUUUUUUUGUAAUAGGGUUCUAGUCUCUACUCUAACCCAGCAGUCAGCUUUAAAUCUUUUAUAAAGCCCACAACAGUAGAGAUUUAGGCCUUACUACAUCAUUACAGUAGGAUUCCAAUCCCAAUUAUGCCUUGUAGAGGUUGUUCCAACAUAGUUGGCCCUCAUCUCAUACAUCUGUGACUGCAGAAAGACAUACAGGGAAGGAUGUUAGUCAAGUCCCUGUUACACUUUUACCAUUUAGAGGGUCACUUGUCCCUACAAGUUCAGUACAGUACAAAGUACAGUAUUUAAUCUCUGUUGUUACACAGUUCAGGGGUUUUUGCUCCUGUUCCACAGCCACAGUAGGGUUCUCGUCUCUAUAAGUAGUAAAAUAGCGGCCAUAUUCCCCUGCCCAACAGAGGUCAUGGGUUCAAUUCCUUGUGUCUGAUGUUUGAACUUCUGUCAACCCCAGUCCUCUCUCCUACUGUCUGGCGCAAUGCCCUUCCAUCAACCCUCUUUUCUCUCCAACAAGAGUCCUGUAAUCUUCCAUCCCUUUUCUACUGACAGUCCAUGAAAUGUCUUCCCUCAACAUUGGUGGUAGUUUAUAAAAAUGGAGGUUUUACAAUAACAUUGGUGACAGUAUGUCAUACCUGUAAAUGAUGUUUAUCUGUCAUGCCUAGUCACACAAAUUAAACAAUAAAAGAGGGAUUUUUAAAUGUCUAUAAUAUCUGAAAGUCCCUUUGAUGUGUAGUACUAGUGUUACUGUUGUUGUAGUGUAUGUGAUACCCUAUGGGAAUUGUGUUACUUUUUGAGAUAAUAAAUAACAUGUUUGAUUACAACAA